UCUACUUUAUGACACGAUGCUCGUGUACUCGGUAUUUAGUAAACCAAACUUGUAAUCUUUUCAAAAUUGUGACUUAUUUUAACAAACACAGUGACUGUCAUGGUCCUCGCUAAUUCAGUAAUCAUCUGGCAUGCAUCAGUGAACUCUAGCUUUCCUCCUUGGUCACUUUACAUAAUUUUAUCUAAUAGUUUUGUCAGAAUGGCAAUAGAUGUCGGACAUAGCCUCGGUUCGCAUUAAUUCGCUCAGUGAUUAGCUAAAUUUUGCUCAAUUUGAUGCCCCCGUCCCCCCUCCCCCCGGCUCCAUCUCCUUCUCAGAACUACCUUUUUAAGAACUAAACAUGUAACUAUUAAGCAGACUAAAGCAGUACAUAAACCACUGGCGUUAUAAACCAUUUCUUUCAUCAACCGAGGUACACUGAUCCCGUCUGAUUGGCUCUUUAGAUGUGCAAUUUUUAGCUACACACGACAUUAACAGCAACACAUAUCAAUAAUGAUCAUGCAAGCUAUAUAGUUUAAAAUGUUAACAUUACCAACUGUUUAUCUGACCUACACUGUCUACAGUUUCUGGCGUUCUUUGUGUUUAGGAUUUGGAAGUAGCAUAAACUGGCAAACCUUAGACGAAACUCUGACCCAGAAAAGGUGGGGAUUAAUUUGCUCUUCUGUCGCAGACUUGGAGACAUCAAUAAAUUAAGAAAAAUUGCUGUAUCCACAUGAUUAUUGUGUUUAUAUUAGUUGUAUAGUACUUGUAUUAGUAUUAAUAGGUUUCUUUAGCUAAAAUAUUUGAACCCCAAAUACUGAGGUGAAUGCAGAACGCCUGAUAGGUGGGGUUCUUAGAUCUCAAGUCUCGUGCACAAAAUGUCUUUCCACAGACGUUUUCCACCUCGCGUCCGUGAUGAUCAAGGAACCUGAAUCCUACCUUUCUAACUCUACAGGAGCUUUUCCUGCGAUCCCAAAUUCCUGUGCAAUAAAUACGUCACCCUACGCGUCCAGCAGGGCUUACAGUUGUGGACCCUUAUUUGUUAUUAAACUACUUUACCCAAAUUCACUAAUUCACAUUCAUAAACCGAGUUUUAUUAGUAGCUGGAAGCGCUAGCGGGUGGGAAAGGGGAACAUGAAGAUUUACAUCAUGCGUGAAGCCGUGAAACAGUUACACCGUAUAUGUACUUGGAAACUACUGUUUGAAGACUGAAAGCAUCAUUUCAUUUUGUGUCACCUUAUACUGUAUACACUCAUCUUGGAAUUGUUAGAAAAUAAUGCGUAUAAUUUGAAAUAAAUUUCCGUUAAUAGCUUUAGAAUUUUUUACGUUUAAUUUUUCCUUUCAGCGAGAAGCCAAAAAUGUUGAUUAUUCAUAAGAGCUGGUGCAAAGCAUGCAAAGGUAUAUACUAUGAUAAAGUUGUUUUAUCUGAAUUCCUAUAACUAUAAAGCUGAGGGGAAAUUUACCAAAAUAUUUCAUUGAUCAUGCAUGGACGUCAUAAACGGGCUUGUGUCGUCAUCAGAGCGCAAUUUUAGCUGUACUUCGCUGGAACUCGUUUUCAUCCAGUGACCUGAAACUACGCGGUUUAGAAAAGAAUUGAAGUACAAUUGCAUGUACAAGCAUGCAUGCAUACACUCGACUCCAAUAUUCCUUAUAGUGUCAUUUCACCAGUCCAGCUAGUCAUGUUUCAUGCCGUAAUACCUUGGAACGUUUGCUGGUCAUAUGGUACCAGCAAAAUUGAACCAGGCUAUUACUAAGGUUAAACCCACUAAAUAUGUAGUGUUAUUUCUAUAACCAGAACAUUUUAACCAGUUAGUGUACCCAAUUCUCGUCAUCAAAUUCAAUUUAACGAUUCUAUUUCUAGGUUUAAAGGAAAAAAUAUCGUCAUCAAAAGAGAUAGAAGAUCUCAGUCGAGACUUUGUGAUGAUCAACAGUGACGUAUGAUAAUAAAUAUAAUAUUUUAAACUUAUAAUAACUAAUAAUGGGAGAAUAGAGAAUGUUUAAAACGAAUUGUGUUAGGGUGUUUGGGGGUAAUCUGAACUUUUGUCAUUUAGGAUGAAGAUGAAAGCCAAAAAUCCGACUACGAUAUUGAUGGAAAAUAUGUGCCAAGAAUUUUCUUUUAUGGUAUGCUUAGUAUCAUUUGUAUGCUUAGUGGUCAACUGAAUUGGCUAUAUAAUCUGGUAAACCUAUACGUUGUGUACAAUUAAUUAUACUAUAUGUUGGUUGUACUUCAUUACAACUUAAGGGCCUCAAUAUACAUAGCCUAUAUAUUGCGUCCGUGGGCCGGUUUCGUCCCCCCUCCCCACUUUUUGUUAUGGAUCUUUGCUCUUGCAAAAAAUAAUUGUAGUCCAUUCAAUCAAAGAGAACUUACUAUUUUUAUGCAAACAACGAAUACAAUUAUAGCGAAUUUCUGCAACUUUUUUGGUCCAUAUCUGUUAUCUUAAGUGUACGCCUAUCGUUUCACCAUCAUUAGCUAUCAUAGUUGCAUGUCUUUCUAUACCAGCUGUUUAUGGUAAAGUUUCUACCUAUGAACAGUAAAAAUUUUAACGUUCGCAUAACCGAUUGUUUCUUGAUGGACAUUGAAUUUUAUAUUGUUGUUAAUUUCUUAGGUAAAGAUGGGAAGCCACUUAAAACCAUUUUCAAUGAAAGACGAGAAAAACACAAGUAUUUCUACAGCAAACCCAAAGACAGUGAGUCAUUAUUCUAGUCGUCCUUUCAUCAGUAAAUAAUACUAGUACUAGCAUACUUUAUAUAGGGGCACGCCCGAUCUGAGAUUUACUUCAAUAUGCUUUGCUUCUGUGACAGAAGCAAAGGAUAUUAUAUGUUCAGUGGAGGUUGAGCGAUUGCAUUCCAAAUCCAUUAAAUGCAUGUCAAAAUAUCUAAAAUGCGAUUUUUGAAUUAUUUGUGAUAUUUUCCUUACGAUUUUUGAAUAACUAUAGUGUUCUUUUAAUUCUGUUUAGUUGUUACCAGUAUGAAAGCUGUACUUGAAAAAGAAAAGAAGACCGUUACACCGCUCGAUCGAGGUUUCAAUGACAAUAUUAAAUGGAUGACAUUCGAUGAUGCUGAGAAAGAGUCGAGAGCAAGGUAAAACAAUUAUCUAUGUGAGAUUAAUAGACAAAAUAAGCAAUAAAUAUACCCUGAAAUAUGGUAAAUGUAGGUAAACUUCUAUUAUGGACAUUAUAAAAUCGACAUGGUGUAUACUUUUAUAGUGGAAAACCAAUGAUGGUAUUAAUUCACAAAACCUGGUGCGGUUCGUGCAAAAGUAAGUAUGUCUCAGUGGAUUUAGUAGCCUACUGCCUCUAACCAUGUCAUAUAGAAUUAUACAAUUUUAGGACUUUGGUAAAUGAACGUGUAUUUAAUAGUUCACAUUUAUUUUCAGUUUUAAGACCAAAGUUUGCUGCCUCAAAAGAUAUAGAGGUGCUGAGUGAGAGAUUUGUUAUGGUCAACACAGAGGUAUUAUAAGUUUGUUCAUCUAUAAUUUAUUUCUCAAUCCAUGCAUAUUAAUAGCAGUGCAUCGUAAAUCUUUAACAAGCAAACAAACUGAGAGGAAAGCUGAAUAUCUUAAACUGUAUUUUCCACCUUUUCCUCGUUUUGAAGAACCAGAAAGUUCAAAAUAUAUUGUAGUAUAGUCAAAUAUAGAAAACUAAAAUACAACAAUGUUUCUUCCGCAACAGGAUGACGAGGAGCCCAAAGACAGUGCAUACGCCGUUGACGGUGCCUAUAUCCCAAGGAUAUAUUUUGUAGGUGAGUGGUUAUACUAGUGUUUUACAGAAAUAUUGGGAGGUUUAGGGAUGAAGGUUGCCUGUAAUAUAAAGACGAAGGUCGGCUCUCAAGAAAGGAAUUUAUUAUUUAGUAUAAAAAUAAAAUCAAUAGCUACGUAUUUAAAACGUCGUCCAGGUUUUGUCUACAAUUACGAUUCUACGUCUAUUGCACCCAAUUUUCAGGUAAAGACCUAUUAUAAGGACCAAUUAAUUAUAAACUUAUUAUUGUUGUUUUUUAUAAAGAACCAAGUGGUCGAGUUAUGGAUGAAAUAUGGAAUAAGGAGACAUCGUUUCCUGAUAAUAAAUAUUAUUAUGGGGAACCUGAUCACAGUAAGAGAAUUUCAACAUCUUUUCAAUGGCAACAAUAUAUAGGAGAUACUUUUCUAUUUUACUGAUCGGCUAAGCAUGUAUAGUUUGCUUCCACUAAGACAUGAAAUAAGUAGGCUGCUGGACCGUUAUAUUUGAUUCAAUGAAUCGGAUGCCAAUUUUAUUACUCUUCAUGAUCAAUAUGUACUUCAGGAUCAGUUGAAGAAUUAACGUUCACUAAUUCAGUAUUCCUAUGCUUGUUUUUUGCCAGUUGUUCGCAGUAUGAAGCUGGUGAUGGAAAUGGAGUUUAGUUCAAACAAUCGCCAUAGAGGUAUAUAUCGUACUAUUAUUUGCAUUAUAUAUUUACAUUAUAUACUUGCGUCGAUGGGGAUAAAGGUGCGGGACCUCGACGAGCGUGCACUGUCUUAACUGCUACCAAUUUUUAUAAAUAAAAAAUUGCAAUCUUUUCCAAACAAAGUCGCAUUAUAUUGCACGAAAUAUAUUGCAAUCUUAACUGCUACCAAUUUUAUAUUAAAAAUUGCAAUCUUCCUAGGAUUCGGGGAAAGGAUUGAUUGGCUAACAUUUGAAGAGGGCCAAAAGGAAUCAAAGAAAAGGUAAAAAGUACAGUUUAAUGAAAAUAUGAAUUCCUCCUAAUAGAUAAAUGUUGUACCGGCAUUUCGUACACUAGUCCAUUAUAAAAAUGCUAUAUAGGCCGCAGCCAGAAACAAGAUGUUGUUAAUACGAUAAUUUCAACACAAUAGUUUGUUAACGCUAUAUAUUGCAUCUUUAAUUUCAGUGGUAAACCAAUGAUGAUAAUAAUUCACAAAACGUGGUGCGGUUCCUGUACAAGUAAGUUCGCCACAUUCUUCAUCAAAACCAUACAACAAACUUUCUACUGAUCCACAUGCAAGUGUCGAUAUUGGUACUAUUUCAUUAGCCAGUUACUAUAACGCAAGUUUAUUACAUUUUCUUUAGAUUUAAAACCAAAGUUUGCGGCUUCGGAUGAAAUUUUGGAGUUAAGCAAGAACUUUAUCAUGGUCAACACGGAGGUAAAGUUAAAGUUAUGUGCAAUGCUAAUUAAUGAUUUUGCAUGGUCAGUUUGAUUAUUUGCUCGUGAAUAAUUUAUGUCAACUUAGUCGAACUAGUCUAGUUUUUUAACCUAUUAGUAUAACAUAUUCUAUUGGAAGGUUUCCCUAAACACUAUAACUUGCAGGCAGCUGUAAAUGGUGUCGAUCGUCAGUUAUACAGUAUAUCUGAGUGAAAGAUCGCAUUUUUUCAUCGUUGGGAAUUCGGGGCAAAACUAUUGAAAACAAAUUUCAUUUAAGUCUGAAGCGGUGAGAAAUUUACGAGACAAAUGUAUACUAUGUGUGAUAAUUGUACACUUUAUGUUUUUGAUCGACUCUUUUUGUCCAGGAUGAUGAAGAGCCAAAAGAUAGCAAGUUUGUGGUUGACGGUGCUUAUAUUCCAAGAAUAUUUUUCGUUGGUGUGUACUUCCACGAAUUCAAUUUACUUCAUGAAAUAAUAAAACAUUAAUAAAAUUAUAAAAAAGUUAUAGAUCUAACUUUAUAAAAUAUGACUGUUGAAUUUUAAAAAUAUCUUUCCCUAUUAUAUAAAGAACCCAGUGGUCGUGUUAUGAACGAAGUAUGGAAUGAAGGAACAGCUUUUCCUCAUGUUAAAUAUUACUAUGGAGAGGCAGAUGAAAGUAUGCUGAGAGAUUUUUUUUUAUAGUUAUUUAUUUUUUUAUAGUUAUUUAUUUUUUUAUUAAUGAGUUAAUACAGAAUGUUAGUCAAUUGAUUAGUUUAUGAGUAGGAGUUAAUUGGUUCAUAUAAUUGAUUAGUGCAUGGUUAAUUAGCUAUUAAUUAGCAAGAUAAAUAGGUAUUUGGUUUAUUAUUUGCUUAAUCAGAAUUAGAACGCUGUUACGGAAUCAAUUAGUACAUUGCUUUAUUAAUUAGUUAUAGUCAUUUAACAUACUAGUUGAUUUGUUCACAUGCACAUGCAUGUACUCGAAUUUAAUUUUAUUCAUGAAUUUUGUCAAAUAUAGUUGUUCGUAGUAUGAAAUUGGUCAUAGCCAAGGAAAAUAAUUCUACAAAACUUCACAACGGUAUGUAAUUCAAGUCAUAAUUUUUACAAUCUUUAUUUACCAAGGAUAGAAACACCAUUACUGGUUACCCAGUAGUUUUCAUGAUGGCCCUCACGAGUAAUCCUCCAAAUAUUGUGGACCAUCCAUUAUAUUUUAACCUACACUUUAUAAAAUUAGUCAAAGAAUGCUGGUGUGCUUUGCUAACUUGGUUCUGACAUUAUUUCUUAUUUUUGUUAUUUAAUGCCGUGCAUAGGAUGGGGCAAACAAAUUAAAUGGGAAACAUUAGAAAAUGGAUUAACUUUAUUCAGAGAAAGGUAAAGAUGUAAAGCUAAAUGAAUUCUAUAUUCCAUGAUGCCUUCGAGACCAUUGUUUUACUUUUACAGAGUUUUCUAAAUACUCAAUAGAAUCUUUAAUAAACUUUAAUAGAAUAAUUAAUUAAUUAUUCUAUUUUUUGUUAAUUUGAGUGAUAAAAUGCCUAUCACGUCGUUUGUUUCAGAAAAGUUCCAAUGCUCCUGAUCAUAUACAAGUCAUGGUGCAAGGCAUGCAAAGGUUAGUUGUUAUAAUACUACAUGAAAAUCUCACAUAAACUAAGUGUUACUUAUAAAUCUUAAUUCUGCAUGAAUAAUGAAUAUAUAAACUGCAAAAAUCGGAGGUUAUCUAAGGUGUCCACUUCCCAGAAUGGGCGAUUUAAUUGAAAAAAAUAAAAUGAACAGUCGUUUUAAAUCUUAUUGCCAGGGAUUUGUCUUCAUGUAGCCAGCUUGAUUUUUGUUUUGUAUAAUUGACAUAGUUGAGAUGACCCCUGGCCAAAUCAAAUUAGAUAACAGUUGUAGUUAGCCAUGAGGCAAUUUCAUCACCUUUCCAACUUUGUCUGAUAAAUUAAAGCGCUUAAUUUUCUUGCAGUUCUGAAAACAUAUUUCUCGAAAUCGGAAGAGAUUGUUGAAUUUAGCUCCAAAUUUGUAAUGGUCAAUAUACAGGUACAUGUCGAUUUUCUUAAAAUUUUGAUCCCUUUGAUUCUCACUCUGCGAGAACAAUUAUACUGUACCUGUUUAUAUAGCCAGAAUAAUUAAUUGCUUUUUGUAUAGGACGACAAAGAAGAACUUGGCGAGGAGUUUGAUGUGGACGGUGCAUACGUUCCACGAUUGUAUUUCUUUGGUAAUUAAGCAUUUAUUCCGUAGUGUUAAAAAAAUUUAGAUAAGGGUAAAUAGAAAUCGUUAAAAAGUUAAAAUAAUAUGCGGAAUCGGGAUUUUUUAAUUACUUUUUGUUUACAAUAUUAUUGGGAAAAGUAACCCAAAGUAAAUUUGGGUGGUAUAAAUUUGGGUAUAAUAACUUAUCAACAGUACAACUUUUAUAGUUUCAUUCUAUCAUAUGUGUCCUAACGGUCACAUUUUACUUGUUCGACGCUUUCAGAUCCUCGAAAUGGCAGAAUAAUGGAAGAAUUCCAUAACGAAAGUCCGGAGUAUAAGGAUGACUUUAUUUAUUCGUAUGGAAACGAAAAACAAGGUAAAUAUUUUACAUUUUUCACACAACUCUGCAAUUGUUGUCUUCAUGAGCUCUUAAUUGUGUGUCAACGUCUGAAAUUUUUCAACUUUUAACCAUCGUGUUAUUUAAUAUCUUUUCAAAUUAAUAUUCAUUUCUUUAUAUUAUUCUAGUUAUCAAAACAAUGAAAAAGGUUUUAGAAAAACAAGAAGCUGUCGAAAACGAUCGUAGCAGAGGUGAUGUUUUUAUUAUAUGAACAGAUCAUAUUAUGAUAAAGUUGCGUUGAUUCGAAAUGCAUGUCAUUCAUUUUUCAGGUUUUGGAGGGAAAAUUGAGUGGACGUCGUUCAAUGAUAGUGUGGAGUUAGCUAAAGAGAUGUACGUUUUACCGAACAAAAUUACUGCAGCAUUUUCUUCUCUUUUUUUUCGUAUAGCUUAAUCCCAGACUAUCCCGAAAAUGCCUGUUCGAAUUCUCGUACUCCAUAAUUUCUGCAUUUCGUUGUCAUGUAUACACUGUUCCUUAUAAUCAGAUCUAGAUAUUUUUUAACAUUGAUUCCAUUCAAUUACUUCGGUCCUAUUCGUUCUUGUCAGUAGCGUAGCCAGCCCGACGAUUUGGUACUGCUAUAUGAAAAUUUCAACUCAUCAUUAUUCAUUUCUUUAGAAAUUGAUUGUGUUGAUAGUUUAUAAACAUGGUAAUAUUUGCAUAGCGGGACUGAAUCGUCGGGCUGGCGACGCCACUGGUUCUCCAGUCUUUAUUUCCAGUUCUAAAUGUAUUUGACCGGUUUUCCGACCUUCAACUCUUCUCAUUAAGUGUUCAUACCAUCUCCGCUUUGCUUUCCUACCCUUUUACAUUUCCUCAUUUCUUCUUCAAUGUCUUACCACUCCACAUCUUCUUCCGAAUUAUUCAUUGUUCAUAUUGUCCUUCAGCGAAACCCUAGCAUCCGUUUCAACAUUCACAUUCAUAUGAAUUUUUUGGCCAAUUAUAUAUGAACAAUCUAAUAUUUUCUUCUAUAGAAAUAAACCAAUUAUGUUAAUAUUCCACCGAAGUUGGUGUCAGUUCAGUCGAGGUAAUCAUAUCUUUCAACACAUUCAGAUUAUUUUUCAUGAACAGCGUAUGCUGGUGAAUCUGGGUUCCCAUCAUCAUGAUCUUGCAUUGUUAAUGGUUAAUUAGGAUUAAAUUAAAGAAAAUAUUUUAUGUUCAGACCUAAAAGAAGAAUUUGCACAGUCUCUGGAUCUAUCAGAAAUUAGCAAGUAUUUUGUGAUGGUCAAUGUUGAGGUAAAUUCUGAGUACAAGUUGUAUUGUGGUAAUAUCCGUUGUAUUCGCGUUUUUAGUCCGAAAUUGAGUUAUUGAAAGAAUAUCCUUAUUAACCUUAGAAUAUUUUCCAAAAGGACGUGCACAUCCUGUUGGAAAAUUAUGCUUUGGUAUUAAUGCUUUAGUGUAUGUAAUAAAUCGAAUAAACUAUAUGAAAUAUCUCAGGUCAUGAGGUGAUGUACUUUUGCAACUAAAAUGCUGAUUUUUUAUAGGACGAUGAAAUUCCAAACGAUAAGAAAUUUGAUUUGGAUGGGACAUACGUACCAAGGAUUCUUUUCUUAGGUAAUUUGUCAGAUUAUCAAAAAAUCUUAGACGUUUGUAACAUGGGAUGGGUAUUAGCACACCAAUAAUGAAAGCACACGUUUCAGUUUCGUCCCACACAUUCACACACAUCGGUCCUCCUGGCGUCAGGAAGCUUAAAGACCUUCAUUCGAAGUGCGGUACGGUAGUAUUUUACAGCCACAACUGAAUAUCCGGGUUUUAUUUAGUUAAGUUCAAUAAUAAACUUCUUGCCGUACGUUGCUUUUAUGACUGAAAUUGAAAAGAAUAUUAGAACCUGUGAACGACACGAAGAAACGUCAUUAUGAUUUGUGAUAAACGAAUACACAUAAAAGAGUAGUUAAGUUCGUGUCUGUAUUAUGACAGUUGCCUCUAUGGAUAUAAUACUGGUAUUUUCUCUUUGAAUAUCUGCAACAUAUUCAGGUGGACGUUAUCCAAGGCUUACCUUUCGUCAUCUUGUUCUGAAAAACAGCAACAAACGAAUACUGACAAAUUUAUUAAUUUACUCAAACUUGAUUGGCAAAAAAUCUUUCUUUUUCUUUUUUAAAGACUCCGAGGGAAAUGUUGAUAACGAAUUGAUGAAUGAAAACAGACGUGAGAAAAGCUCAAAAUACUUUUAUCAACAUGGAAUAGACGGUAUUGUAUUAGUAUUUCAAUUAGUAACAACCCUGACAGCGUUAUCUUUGUCACUAUAUAACCAUCAUGAUCCUUUCUCUAUUACAACCGUUAUUUUGUUAAAAAAUUAAUAUAUUAUAGAAACUCCCAAGAUGCAGAGGUGAAAAUUACAUUCACUCACAACUGUGCAACCAAUACCUUUGUUUUUUAUCCAUUUUUAGUUGUAGCUUCUAUGAAGAAAGCUCUGGAGAAACAACCUCCACCAUCUUUGGAACGAGGUAGGCAAGAAUGACAGUAAAUAUUGAAUGUAAACUAAUUCCCAAUAGAAGUUCCAUCUUGAGCUCCAUAUUUAAGAAAAACAAGCAGAAACAAGAUUCAAAAGCAAUGUUUCGAAUUUAUUACCAACUUAUCAUCAGACUAAUUUACAAAAACUAACGUAGGUCUAUAUAUAUACAAACGUGAUUGCAUCAUCCAUAAGCAGAAAGAAAGCGUGCGUGUGUAUGUGUUGGUCUGCUCAAACAGUAAUAGUGUGUUAUGUCAAGAGUUGAAUCUUGUCUCAUCUUUAGGUUUUGGAAUUGACUAUGAAUGGAUGUCAAUGGAGAAUGCACUAAGCGAAGCUGCUACAUCGUAAGUGGACAGUUACGUUGUUCCAUGCAUGUUGCUUACAUAACCGACCAUAAUUCGAAUACCGUGAAUCCUCCAUACAGCCUUUCAAGUAAGCAUCGUCCCUCCAAAGCCCUCCUCCUUCCUCCCUAAUAAGAAGAACAUUAUUAAGUUCCCUCUAUCCCUCCCACCCUCUCCCAUCAUUGAAUAGCUUUUGUCAUUGGUUGAUUUUAGCAAUGAGAUACACAACUAAGAAUUAAAUGUAUUAAAGAACUAAUUCCAAACACCAGUGAGCAAGCGAGUCACAACACAUGUUCAUGUUAUAGGUUGGUAAUUUUACCUUGAUUACCGAUCAAUCAACGUCUAUUUCAUAUUUUAGGGAGAAGCCAAUAUUUUUAAUUAUACACCGACCGUUGUGUGGAGCUUGUCAGUAUUUAAAAAAUGUCUUCAACCAAUCCAAAGAGCUUCCCAAGUACGCGCAAGAUUUUGUCAUGGUCAAUAUGCAGGUUUGUAUAAGGAGACCACUGACAUGCCUAAUAUGAAAAUUAAACAAACAAACACUUUACAAUCUUAAAUUAUGAUUCGUUAUUAUAUUCUUUAAUCUUACAUAGUAAAAGUAUGUCCGAAAAAUAGAAAUAUUGUUACCAUAGCAAAUGCUUAGAUGGAUCCAUUCACUGGAUCCCAUGCUUUUAUAUUAUUAUUUUAAGUCUGCGUUUAAAUAAACAGUUGUCAAUGAACAAAUCAUGUUGAAUACACAAAUGUUUACUGUUGAUUAAUUAGGAUGACGAGAUACCUGAAGGCAAUCAAUACGAUAUAGAUGGCAAAUAUUUUCCCAGAGUAUUUAUAUUAGGUAAGAAAAUAUAUGUAGUUUACAAUGUAAAGUUGUAAAAUUAUAGGGUCCUUUGAAAAAUACUUAUAGCAUAACUAUCGUGCUAUCCUGUCUAUCGAAAAGUUUCAUUGUAUUUUCCGUUUAUUUUCGGAUUUAUAUUUCUGAAAUAAAUCUUUCAAUCGUUCUAGAUCCUAAUGGAGUUCUCCAACGCGAUCUUCACAAUAUGGAUCCAGAAUACCUUCAAUAUAAAUUUUCUUACAGCAACGAGAUGACAAGUAAGUUACUCUUGUAAACCAUGCAUGCACUCUUUUUUUUGCCGGUUGAAUAAGACAGUGACGUCUGAUAUACUGACAGUUUUGAAUCUUUUUACAUUUAGUCAUUCGUGUGAUGAAUGAUGCGUUGGCACGAUUCAAACUGGUUCAAACUUCAGAUCAUGGUAAGAUUAUAUGAAAGAAAACCUUGGAAAAAAUAGAAAGCUUCAGCUUUUUACUGAGUUGACUUUUUCCAUCUCUGAUGGUAUACACCGCACAUUAAUAUAUUGAAUAUGGAAUAUCACAUGCAAUCAUUGUAGGAAAAUAGAUUUGCGUUAUUAACAAAUACUCCUGUUUGCAUGUUAUUUCACUGAAACAAUUAUUCUACCUCCUGUGUUGUAUAAAAUUAGAUUUUGGUGAAAAUGUCGACUGGGUUAGUUAUAAAGAAGGCGUUGCUCUGUCCAAGCAAAGGUAAAUGAAAAUAAUUCUGUAUUCGUUUUAACCAUACCUGAAAAAAUGAAAAAAAUAUUUUCCCACAGCUUUCCUUUUCUUGUACAUUACAAUGUACUAUUUGAGUAAAUCUUCUUUUCGAUUUAUAUAUUUUAGUAACAAACCAAUGAUGCUGAUUAUCCAUAAAACUUGGUGCAGUGCUUGCAAAGGUAUAUAAAUAGUUUGAUAAUAACUCAGGGCUUCGCUUAAGAAAUCAUCACUUGGGAGUCGUCAAGGAAAAGGGGUGAUGACUUUAAAGGUUUGACUUUGUAAGAGGGUUUGGGGGUCCACUCGCAGAACAUUUUCGUACUUUUGGGUCUCUGGAACUUUAUUAUCUGCAUUCAGCCAGACACAACUCUAUGAAUUACAAAGGUUUGCUCACGGAAAUAUGUUGAAAAAUUCUUCUUAACUAUAUAUUCUUCCCUUUUCAGUUUAUAUUUUAUACAAAAAAACUCCAUUGGGGGUAGGGAACAUAUCUUACUGGUGUGCCUUCAUUGGGGCUGGAGGGUAACCUGCACCUCCCCCCCCCUAAAUUUAUAUGUUAUCAGUAAAACAGGUCCUGAUGCGACUCAUAUGUCUCGACUUGAAGCCUUUCUAUAAACGUCCUAGUCUUAAGAAAAUUGAUUUCUUUCAUUCCAUAUAUAGCACUGAAAAAGAAGGUAGCUGGCUCUACGAAGUUCGCAGGAAUGAGUAAAAACUUUGUUAUGGUGAAUUCUGAGGUAAGAAAUUGUGGUGCAUCAAAAUUUGUAUACGGUUGGCAUGCGACAAGUUUAUUUGCACGAGAUUGAUUUGUGUAUGUAUAUGUGUUGUUAGUUUAUAUAAUAAUGCAAUAUCUAUUUCCAAAGGAUGACGAAGACCCUGAUGACGAAUUGUUUGAAAUUGAUGGAAGUUAUGUUCCCAGGACGUUCUUUAUCGGUAAAUCCCAUUGCAUUUAAUAAAUUCAUCUCGAAGUUAAAAUUAAUAUUUACAUGUAGGGCUUUAUUUAAAAGCCUUAUGCUGGGCUCUAGCUUAUUUUCAUCACAAUCUGAACCUAGAUCCAUCUGGUGAGACCAUGGUUGACAUCUACAAUUCGGAGAGUAUGUACAAAAAGAAUAAGUACUACUAUUGGGAUGCCAUAGCACGUAAGUUCUCUUUCUUUUUAAUUUUUAUUACAAGAAUAAAAUACUUUACCUCAGAUUUACAAAAAAAUUAAACAUCGUUUAUAAUAUUAUUCUCGAUAAUUAUAAUGAAUUAAUAAUAAAUAAUAUCAUUCUACUUUGAAUACUUACAUGACGUACUUAAUAAUAUCUUCUAGUCGUUAAAUCGAUGGAAAAAGUUCUGGAUAAAUUAAAGAUGAAUUCUGCUCAACGAGAUGAACUAUAA